CUCAGGGUGGGCAGAGCCACACACACCAUAUUUGUGAGGAAGAUGUCAUCAUUGACGGCUUCUGGUUUCCUGAGUCUGUUGUGAGGAGGAAACUGCACACCAGGUGGUGGAGAAGCAAAGUGUCGGGGCAAAACCUCCCUCCACACACCCUGAGGACAAGUGGGCAUGAGGGACGCCAUGAUCACAGAGUUCCUGUUCCUGCUUUGCCUUGGGCUUUGUCUGGGCUAUGAAGAUGAGGAAAAGGAUGAAAACCCUGAUGCAAGUGGACCUCCCCCAGUAAAAACAGACACCACAGUCAUCUUCGUCGCCACCUUCAGCUGCCUCUCCCUCUUACUCCUCUUCCUUGCUGUCUUCUUCAUCUACAGAUGCAGUCAGCACAGUUCAUCACAUGGAGAAUCCACCAAGAGAACCAGCCAUUCCGAAUUUCCCAAGCAGGAGAAAACAGAUUUAUUCAACCUAGAAAGAAUAUCUGAAUCGGCUGGAGACCGCCCAGAGGUGACCUAUGCCCAGCUGAACACCAACGCGCUGUCUGAGACAGCGUCCAGCCCUGCCGAGACGUCCCCAGAAUCUUGCGACUAUGCAACACUGAAGGAGUAGAAGGACAUCAGGAACUGAAGGAAGGGCUGCUUCCCCGCGAAGGAGAUUAUGGAUUAAGAUGGCUGAGGUGACUGGACACAUGGAAAUCUAGGUGACUCUGUGUCCUGGGGUCAUAAUUCAAAAUAAUAAAAUUAAGGUCUUCUCUUUUUGCUUCCCCUCCUCUCAAAAAUUACUUGGGGGGAUGCUCCCCCAAAUUUGGAGUGUGACUUUAGAGUGGUUUGACUUAAUCAUAGGCUAAGAAUACAUACUGUAUAUAUGGGCUGGCGGUACUC